AUGGGCGCGGACUCUUUGUCGACGACGCCGUCCGCGUCGCCUUUCACGGACCCUCCAAAUUAUGGAUUCCCUCACCACCGGCUGCACCGUACCCUCCGCAACCCCGACAAGCAGCCCGUCGUCCUCGUCGCGUGCGGGUCUUUCAGCCCAGUCACGUACCUCCAUCUUCGGAUGUUCGAGAUGGCGGUAGAUUACAUCCGCCAGAACACCGACUUCGAAAUAGUCGGCGGGUACCUCAGUCCUGUCAGUGACCAGUACAGGAAGCCCGGUCUGCUCAGUGCAUAUCACCGUGUGCGCAUGUGCAAUCUCGCCGCAGAGCAGACGUCUUCAUGGCUUAUGGUCGAUCCCUGGGAGGCGUUUCAGUCAUAUCAGCGCACAGCCGUCGUGCUCGACCACUUCGAUUACGAAAUUAACACCCGCCUCGGGGGCAUCCUUACACCAUCUGGCGAGCGAAGACACGCACGCAUCAUGUUGCUUGCGGGUUCGGAUCUCAUUGCGACGAUGAGUGAGCCCGGUGUGUGGUCUGAGCCGGAUCUCGACCACAUUCUCGGCAGGUAUGGCGUGCUUAUCAUCGAGCGCGCGGGCUCGGACAUGGAUCAGGCGACCGACAACCUCUCUCGUUGGCGACAUAACAUCCACCUCGUCCACCAGCUCAUCCAGAACGAUGUCUCGUCAACCAAGGUCCGCCUUUUCCUCCGCCGUGGUCUCUCUGUUCGUUACCUCCUCCCGGCGCCUGUUGUCGACUACAUCGAGCAACAUGGGCUGUACGUGGAUGAUGGCCCUACAGCCAGUGCCGCGAGCGGGGCUAUCAUUGCCGAGAAGGAGAAGGAACGUGAGAAGGAAGCCAGUAGUGGAAGUGGAAAGGAGAGGGCAGAGAAGUUCACACCUCCAUGA